AUUUGACAGUGACAUUUCUUUGUUUAUGUAUAAGGUUAUUAUAGGUGCUUACAUAAAAUUAUGGUCAAACUUCAAGCUGCUUCAAAUAAUAACUAAAGCUAAGUCAACAGUUUUUGUUAUUUAGUCACUUUUUAUUUUGUAUAAGCUGCUGUUGCUGAUGGAAAAACGGUGUAGGCCAUCAUAUAGAAGAAAAACAAGGCAGUCAGUAAAUUACAUUUUUUAAAAUCCUGAACUAAUAUUAAAAUCAAUAGAAAAAGUUACAUUGUCUAGCUCGUAAAACUUAAAAGCAUUGUAAAACUUUGUUUUUUUUUUUUGAGAAAGUAAAAAUAAGUAUAUAAACAGAACGAGUGUAAAUAACAAUAUGGAUACAUUCGGUUGGGAUCAGAAUGACGAAACAAUACGAAAAUUGCUGUUUGGAAACGAUACUGAAAAUUUAUUGGAUCAUUUAAACAGACUGCAUUGUUUAAUUCAAAACUGUGUACUAAACGAAGACACAUUACACUUAAUCGACGUUAAUUUACUUGAAGAAAUUAAAAAGUUCAUUAAUCGUGAUAACGUAAGCUUACAUUUUGGGAGAAGUUUAAGAGAUAUGAAAUGUGUUAUUCGAGACCAGGCAUUCAGGCAACACGAGAUAUUUAUCACCUAUACAAAUCCAGGGAAGCUGCGCGUAUCAUCCAAUCAAUUACCAUAUUCAAAUUUGCAAGAAAGAGAAUAUAGUUCACUGGAUGACAUAAUAAGUGCAUUUAAUAAAUAUAUUAAUGAGUUAGCAUUUUAUUUUCAACAGUUGGAACUGAUAGAUGAAUACUGCACUGUUGUGGAACCUGCUCGUCCAUCUUUCAAAGAUGAUUACAGAAAAAUACUUCUAGAUGACCGAGUAUGGUUACAUGUGGAAGUAACACCUGAAGGUUUAGCUACAAAUAUUCAGUUAGUUGGCCAGGCAGAAAAAUGGCAAAACAAAUUGCAGGAGGGUUUACUGUCAUGGGAUCACGAUAAGAACAUUGUUAACAACAUUAUGAGUGUUUUUAAUAUCACCGAGUUUCCAAAGGAUACAAUAAAUAUAGGAGUAAGUGUGGAGGAAGAUUUCAAAACAGAUUCCCCAAUAUGCAGCAUUUGUUUAUGCACCGAACUACCAGAUGUAAUUGGUGUUCCACAACCACUAUGCCAAAAUAACAAAUGUGGAGUUUACUAUCAUAGGAACUGCUUGUAUCAGUGGUUGCUGGCUUGUGCAGGCAAUCGUCCACCGGCUUUUGGAGUCGCUACUGGCUCCUGUCCAACCUGUUUACAACCGAUUGCUUGUAAUGAGAAAGAUAGUUAUUAGACAGACUUGUUUUAAAUAUGUGUAUUAAAUAAAAUGUGGUGAUAAGUAAA